AUGUCUAUGUCGGAUUCCGAAUCCUCGUCUUAUGGCCGCGACUACAAAAAUUUCAGACAAGUCACUCGUGAACGAUUGUUAUAUGAAAUGCUCAGGUCAUCAAAGAAGGGAGAUUCAGAAUCAACAUGGAAGGUACUAAUCAUGGACAAACUCACUGUAAAGAUAAUGUCUCACUCAUGCAAGAUGGCUGAUAUCACAGAUGAAGGUGUUUCAUUGGUUGAAGAUUUGUACAAACGAAGGCAGUCAUUCCCAACCAUGGAUGCAAUAUAUUUCAUGCAGCCAACCAAAGAGAAUGUUAUUAUAUUUUUGUCAGACAUGUCUGGAAAGGCACCCUUAUACAGGAAGGCAUUUGUUUUCUUCAGUUCACCUAUUUCAAAAGACUUGAUAAUGAACAUUAAGAAAGAUACAAUGGUGUUGCCUCGCAUAAGUGCCCUGAGAGAGGUUAGGAUUAUUUGUUUACAAUUUACAAGCUCAAUUUCCCUUGCACUGAUCAUGUUUUCCAAAAAAAAAAAAUUCCAUAUUUUUCUUAUGAUGAAUUUGGAGUAUUUUGCCAUAGAUAGCCAGGGUUUCGUCACAAACAAUGAUAGAGCCUUAGAGGAUCUGUUUGGAAAUGAGGAGAAUAAUCAUAGAGGUGAUGCAUGUCUGAAUGAGAUGGCUACUCGGAUUUCUACAGUUUUUGCUUCAUUAAGAGAAUUCCCUUUCGUUCGCUACCGCGCUGCCAAGUCCCUAGAUGCAACCACAAUGACUACUUUCCGUGAUCUGAUUCCCACAAAGCUUGCUGCUGGUGUCUGGGAUGGCGUGGUGAAAUAUAAAAAAACUAUACCUAACUUCCCUCAGACGGAGACUUGCCAGUUACUCAUCCUUGACAGAUCAAUUGAUCAGAUUGCUCCUGUAAUACAUGAAUGGACGUAUGAUGCCCUUUGCCAUGAUUUACUGAAUUUGGACGGAAAUAAGUAUGUUCAUGAGGUUCCUGGUAAGAAUGGAGGUGCACCCGAGAAGAAAGAGGUUCUUUUGGAAGACCAUGAUCCCAUAUGGCUUGAGCUUCGCCAUGCACAUAUUGCAGAUGCUAGUGAACGUUUGCACGAGAAAAUGACCAACUUCGUUUCAAAGAAUAAAGCUGCACAAAUCCAACAUGGUUCCAGAGAUACUGGUGACAUGUCAUUGCAUGACUUACAGAAGAUGGUUGAAGCACUUCCGAAAUACAGUGAACAAGUGGACAAACUUUCCCUCCACGUAGAAAUUGCAGGAAAAAUCAACAGAAUUAUUAGGGCAUUGGGACUUCGGGAACUUGGGCAGAUGGAGCAAGAUCUAGUUUUUGGAGAUGCUGGAACAAAAGAUGUCAUUAAAUUUUUAGCUGAAAACCAGGAUAGGACUUGCGAAAAUAAGUUGCGCUUGUUAAUGAUUCUUGCAGUCAUCUAUCCUGAGAAAUUUGAAGGUGAAAAGGGUCUUAAUCUGAUGAAGGUCGCAGGAUUAACAAGUGAGGAUAUGACUGCUGUGAAUAAUUUGAAAUUGCUAGGGACACAACUGGAAGCCACAGAAAGUUCAACUGGUUCUUUCUCUUUCAAGUUUGAUAUCCACAGGGCAAAGCGUGCAGCUAGGAUAGACCGACCUGGUGAAACAGAGACGUGGCAGCUAUCACGGUUUUACCCCAUAGUAGAGGUGCUUGUAGAAAAGCUAAGCAAAAAUGAGUUGUCAAAAGAAGAUUAUCCGUGUCUGAAUGAGCCAAGUCCAACAUUCCACAAUACACCUUUUAGCCAAGACCAACCUGCACACUCUAUGAGAUCAAGACGCACACCAUCUUGGGGUCGAUCUCGAGGCUCUGACGAUGGAUAUUCAAGCGAUUCAGCACUCAGGCGUUUAUCCAGCGAUUUCAGCAAAAUGGGGCAGCGUAUUUUUGUAUUCAUUGUUGGUGGAGCCACAAGAUCCGAGCUUAGGGCUUGCCACAAGCUUACUGGUAAGCUGCAGCGGGAAGUUGUUCUGGGGUCGUCAAGUAUUGAUGAUCCCGCGCAGUUCAUUAUGGUAUUAAAGAUUUCAACUUUCUUUUUUAAAGUUGAUCGCGUUUUGCUAAACAAGGAAUUGCAAUGUGUCAUAAUCAUCCGUACAUGCUAAUUUCCUUGUGUAGAAAUUAAAGACCCGAUCAGAACUCUCAGUAGAUGAUCUUGAGAUAUGAUGUUGCUGACUUGGGAAUUGGAAGAUAAGCUCAAUGAUAUCUAUCAUGAACCUAUGGUUCAGCCAAACCACUGAAUCUUAAUCCAGCAAUUAGAGCCAUUUUAAUUCAAAUCCAGUGUAGUUUGUAUGCUAAGACCUCAUUUUGUAAUUUGUACAGCUGAAAAAUCGC